GACCCAUACAACAUGCUUCGAACUACGAGAAUCCUCAAAAGAGCCUACAUCAGAAGUGCGGAGGUCUAUCUCUAAUAAUUCAAUCGCCCAUUUACGCAUAUAUAUAUUAUAUAAUUCCACUCUAAGCCAUGGAAAUCACUUUUGUUAUAGCCGGCUUAUUGGCUGCCAUUGUGUUCAGAUUCUUGGUUAAAAGGCUAUUUUAUCCUCGCCCUCUUCCUGGCAUCCCGUACGACAAGGAGUCUUCCAACAGAAUCUCUGGUGACCUUCCAAAUAUCACGGAGACCUAUAAUGAGGUGACUGAGUGGACAUGGCCUAUUGGUCGUCGAUCAUUGAAGUAUGGAUCGCCAAUUCAUCAGCUGUUCAUGAAUCCAUUUACAAAACCAUAUAUCAUCCUUGAUGAUCCUCGAGAAGUGUCGGAUAUAGUGAUGAGACGAUCAAAAGAGUUCGACAGGGAUGUAUCAUCUGGAGUUUGGCAAACUUUCCUCCCGCACUCGACCAUCGCACAAUCGGUGACCCCUGAAUAUAAGGCACAGCGGAAGAUCUGGCAAGAUACUAUGAAUCCCGAUUUCCUACGACAAGUGAUGUCCAGGCACGUAUAUGCUGCGGCUGAAGAACUGACAAAACUCUGGAAAGUGAGAUGUUCGCACUCGGCUGGAAAUCCGAUUGAUGUUAUCGGAGACUUUUCUUACGCAGCUCUCGAUGCUAUCUGGACGGCGACCUUUGGGGAGCGGUUGGACCUAGUCAAUGCUCAAAUCCGGAUGGUCGAGACGGGAAUGAAAGUCGAGACUAGAGGCCUAGAUAUGCACGGCACGGUGCAGCAUAUCAACCAUCUAGCGAAUACAUGGCGAGGUUCCUUCUGGCCUGCUUUCGCUCGAUGGAGAAUGCAGAGGAACCCUAUCUAUCGCAAGUACACCGAAGCCAAAGACCGCGAAAUCGAUCGCAUUCUUCUCGACGCCUCCGCUCGCUUUCAAAAGGUGUUGGAUGGAUCUAGUGAUGGGGAGGAGCAUGACACUUGUGCCAUGGACCUCGUACUCAGACGCAGCAUGAUUAGUGCUCAGAAAGCUGGAAAACCUAUUCCGGAUCCGACUAAAGAUGCGGGGAUGAGAGAUGAGCUUCUUCUGUUUAUAUAUGCUGGGCAUGAUACCACAAGCAACACUCUUCAAUGGUUUAUCAAAUUCAUCACCAAUAACCAGGAUGCACAGACGAAGCUUCGAGAAGCUUUGAAGGCUGCCUUUCCCGGUGAGGGUCUACCAAAGGUUGCGGACUUAAUUACCAAGGACAUACCGUACCUUAGCGCAACGAUGGAAGAGACACUUAGGUGUGCCAACACCGCACCUCGCCUGGGGAGGAUCGCAACAACCGACACGGAAAUUCUUGGCCAUAAAAUCCCUGCAGGCACGCAGAUCGCAGCUCUACCAUCGGUAUCAUGGCAUCCGGCACCUGUGGCGGAGGAAAAGCGAAGUUCGACGAGUCGCGCUGCUUUCGAGAAGAGCGGCGGUGUUGACUGGACGCUGAAGCCGAAUGCCCAGGAUCUAGAUAAGUUUGCGCCUGAGAGGUGGCUUGGAAUCGACGAGCAUGGAAACGAAGUCUUUGACGCGAAUGCGCUAUUCCAGAAUGCUUUCGGAGGCGGGAUCAGAGGCUGUUUUGGACGACGGUUGGCCAUGAUGGAACUACGCAUCAUGAUUGUGCUGAUCGUUAUGAGCUUCAAAUUCCUUCCGAUACCGCCUGAAUUCAAUAGCUUCCAGGUUCAUGAGCAGUUACUUCGAGUUCCUCGACAGUGCUUCGUGAAGCUCGAGACUGUUUGAUGUUAUGUGGUUCACUGCGAUGAAGACGUAUCGACGAAGAAG